UGUGACUCGAAUAAAGUUUAGAACUCACAAUUUAAAAAAACUCGGCACCUUAUAAAUACCCGCGAAGUUAACCGCCAAAUCUAACGUCCAAUAUACCUCAAUUUGAAUUUUUGUGGGAGGAACGAAAGAAAUGAAGAAGAGGGGAAAGAAAACCAAAGUUUCCGAUCUUCUCAAAACUCCGUCGCCGAUUGCUUCUCCGACGGAAAGUUCUCCAAAAUCGGCAAUAUUCACAAGAGCAGCUUCGACCUCCAAAGGUGUGAAGAGAGUAGCAGCUGCUCUUGCCACCGGCACUUCUCCACCUCGCAGUAAUCAAAGAGCUCCAAACAACAUCUCCGAUCUCAAGAGUCUCGCUUCUUCAAGCAUCGAUGAACUCAAACGCCGGAUCGAUCGCUCUCACUCUCAGAUCUUCAAGGAUCUCGAAGCUUCUCAUUCGCGCCUCCACAAGCGUUUCAAGAUGCAGAGUCAAGGAUGUCAGCAAGCAAUGGAUGAAGCGGAGAAGGAUUACAAGAAGUUAUCUGAACGGAUAACGGAAAGUCGAGAGGCAAUGAAGGCUUCUUAUGAAGAGUUCAUGGCUGAGGCACAGGCUACCGCAUCUCGUGCAUGCAAAACUUCUAUAGCUGAGCUUUCGCAGAAGUUUGACAAGGCUAUUGACUCUAUUCGAAACCGUCAUGGGAUUUCAUCAAAUUAGCUAUAUUGUUUGGUGGGUGCGUACUGAUUGCUUUAUGGAAAUACAAAAAAGAGCUGCCUGGAUUCUGGAGGACGAUUUGGGUGGAUUGAAAAGAAAGGAAAAUUAGUUGAGCUCAUAUCCUCUGCAUAUCCGAUUCACAAAAGAAAGGAAAAUUAGGAAAUACUCAGUUCACUGAUAGUACUAUCAAUUAUUAGGCUGUUGAUAAUUAAUGAAGUGAUUUGUAGCCGCAAACCAGAUUUUAGGGAGUUUAGAUGAGCUAUAGAAAUGAAACUCUUUCACUUACUGAGAAAAUUUGUCAUCGGAUCAAAUAUGCUACUUUUUUUUUUCUUCUUAAAAUAUCUUGUCCACAA